UAGAGGUAUCAAGGCGAGCCACCAGGUGUAUCGUGACAUACUGAAGGGUGUGCAAAACAUAAUGGUACCGAGAAACAUGUUAAGGAAAUGGGCGCUCGCCACUUUUCAAUCGGCCACGGACUAUUGGCAGUUUCGGAAGAUGUUUACCCUACAGUUGUCGUUGGCCUGUUUCGCGGAGUAUGUUUUACAUUUGACCCGCCUUAAUCCCGACAUGAUGUACAUGCAUCAGGAUUCUGGUCUUGUGAAUAUUUCGUAUUUUAAGUUUGACGUCGACGAUAGUACAGGUGAAUUAGACACAACUAGGCCCGUUCCAUUUAGACUGACUCCCAAUAUACUCGAAUUUCUGUCGGCCGUUAGCGUUAACGGCCCCCUAACCGCCGCAAUGAUCGCAACCGCGAGGUGCUUCGUCUAUCCAAAUUUCAAGGUUCAAGCGAUUUUAAAGACGAUAUUGCGAGACGAAAUGGUGCUGUCGCGAAUAAAAAAAUCGGACGACGGCGAAUCGAACAAUCAAGAGAAAUUGACCGAUAGCGAGCAGUUAAUCACGGUUGUAAAUAAGGCAGUGGCGGCGGUCAAUAAUAGACUUAACAGUCUCGCUCAUUUCGACGGAUUGGAUAGCAAAAUCGGAACUUUGGUUGCAGCCGCCAGCAGCCAUGACAAUUUGUGUCGAAUGGAUCCCGCUUGGCAUCCGUGGUUGUGAUGUGUAUAUAUAGACGUUUCUUUUACUUCGUUGUAUAAACGUUUAAUUUAUUGUAAACAAUGUGAUUAUGCAGUAUUAUCACAUCUCUAGCGCU